AUGACCUUGCUCAAUCGGAUAAACCCUACGCCAGCCUUCCCAGCGCAUACGGGACCAUACAAGGUCGGCUCUGUAGACGUAGAAAUACCCACAAGCGACCUAGAGAGCCCUAGUGCGAAUGCGCCUCCCAGCGACUUGCCAACUGUAGCCUUCCGCAUCUUCUACCCGUGUAAGCAGGAUAGUAAUGAGAAGGCUGUGAAAUGGAUACCGAGCCCGCAGAGAGAAUACGUUAGUGCUUAUGCGAGAUUUUUGGGUGCCAACAGCGCAUUUGCGGGAGUAUUCUCACUACUGCCACAAUUAUUGUAUUUUAUUUCUAUGCCCGUACAUCAAAACGCCGAACUCCUCGCGCCCCCACCGAAAUCCGAACGAUGGCCUGUCAUGAUGUUUUCGCACGGUCUAGGAGGCACAAGGAAUGCCUACUCGCACAUCUGCGGCUCACUUGCAAGUCACGGAGUCGUAGUUGUCGCAGCGGAUCACCGCGAUGGCAGUUCGCCUCUCGCAAUCCAUCACACGCCCGAAGAGAAGGAGAAGAAGAAGUAUGUAGAAUACAGGUCGAUUGCCCACAAGCCAAGCACGGAAACAUACGAGGCAAGAGAUGAGCAGUUGCGGAUACGGCUGUGGGAGUUGGGCAUGGUACAUGAUGCGCUGGCGAAGAUCGAUGAAAACCGCCAACUCAAGAACGUAGCGCAAGAUCAGCCCAAGGGUAAGAAUAUGUUGAGCAUGUUCUCGAACUUGCUAAAUGUCCACGAGCCGGGUGCGAUCAGCUUUGCAGGGCAUUCCUUCGGUGCCUGCACGAUGAUCCAGUUUGUCAAAUCAGUUUACCAUCGCCCUCAGGCACAGAUUCCACGCUACAAGCCUCUAUACACACCAUCUGAAGACUCGAGUAUAGUUCGCCAGAUUACGCCACAAAAUUCGGUUACUCUUUUAGAUCUCUGGACACUUCCCAUUCAGAGCCCUGAUACUGCCUGGCUACGAAGCCAGCCGAUGCCAUGCUAUGACUCUCCAACUGGCGGCAAGAAUCUUCUAGCUAUCGCAUCCGAGGGCUUCUACAACUGGGCCUCGAACUUUAGAGAAACGAAGCGUAUCGUCGCUAAGCCUCCUUCCUCACAGUCGAAGUUUCCUUCUCAGCCCGGCCCGCACAUCUUCUACCCGAUUGCUUCGGCACAUCUUUCCCAAAGCGAUUUUGGCGUCUUGUUCCCCUGGGUCACUACAAAAGUGUUCGGCGCCAAGGAGCCCGAGCGUGUUCUGAAGCUGAAUACUCGCGCCAUCUUACAAGUUCUCCGUGACAAUGAUAUACGCGUCGCAAACACCAGCGCGUCCGAUCUGGAACUCGAGGAAACUGCGCUCAAAGACAAGAAUCUAGCUCAAGAUACUGCUAUCCUCAGUCGAGCGAAAGACAGUGUCCGCGGGUGGGUCAAUCUAAGUGCAGACAUGGAGGGCGGUCUCGACUUAUCUGGCGCUGAUAGAGUUGAGGGUAAGAGUUUAGUAGGUACGCCAAUGGAGAAGGUCGGUAGUGAUGGCAAGGGACCUGGGGAGGCUAUGGUUGAGGGCGAGGCACUGGGACAAGUUGUUGAGGGGAAUGAGAAGUGA